AUGGCCAGCUCCUCGGACAGCGACGAUGACGGGUUCAUGGCCGUGGAUCCGGAAGACGCCGUGGUGGAAGGGACGAUGGAGCAAGACGAGGAGCCGCAUGCAGAGCUGGAGGUCGAGGAGACCAGGCAUAACAGAUCGAUGCUGGAGCUCCCAGAAGAGGUUUUGGAAUAUAUCCUCUCCUUCCUCUCGCCAUACCAGGAGCACAAAACAGCGGCCCUUGUCUGCAAACAGUGGUAUCGACUGAUCAAAGGUGUGGCCCAUCAGUGUUAUCACGGCUUUAUCAAAGCGGUGCAAGAAGGAAAUAUUCAGUGGGAGAGCCGCACUUACCCCUACCCUGGCACCCCCAUCACGCAACGCUUCUCGCACAGUGCGUGUUACUACGAUGCCAACCAGUCGAUGUACGUGUUCGGUGGCUGCACACAGAGCAGCUGUAACGCCGCCUUCAACGACCUCUGGAGACUCGACCUGAACAGCAAGGAGUGGAUCCGGCCCCUGGCAUCAGGUUCGUACCCCUCGCCCAAGGCUGGGGCCACGCUGGUGGUCUACAAGGACUUGCUUGUGCUUUUUGGUGGGUGGACACGGCCAAGCCCAUACCCUCUGCACCAGCCAGAGAGGUUCUUCGAUGAAAUCCAUACCUACUCGCCCUCCAAAAACUGGUGGAACUGCAUUGUGACCACCCACGGCCCCCCUCCCAUGGCAGGACACUCCUCCUGUGUCAUUGAAGACAAAAUGAUCGUCUUUGGGGGUUCACUAGGAUCUCGGCAAAUGAGCAACGAUGUCUGGGUGCUGGAUCUCGAGCAGUGGGCUUGGUCCAAGCCCAACAUCUCCGGACUAAGCCCUCACCCCCGCGGUGGCCAGUCUCAGAUCGUAAUAGACAAUGAAACCAUUUUAAUCCUCGGUGGCUGUGGUGGUCCCAAUGCACUGUUCAAAGACGCCUGGUUACUGCACAUGCACGUGAACCCCUGGACGUGGCAGCAGCUGAAGGUGGAGAACGAAGACCACGGAGCCCCAGAGCUGUGGUGCCAUCCUGCCUGCCGGGUGGGACAGUGCGUUGUGGUCUUUAGCCAAGCUCCCAGUGGGAGAGCCCCGCUGAGCCCCAGUUUGAACUCUCGCCCCUCUCCCAUCAGCGCCACACCGCCUGCCCUGGUCCCUGAAACGCGGGAAUACCGCUCUCAGUCUCCGGUCAGGAACACGGACGAAGCUCCCUGCGUCAACGGCCGCUGGGGCACCUUGCGACCCAGAGCGCAGCGGCAAACCCCCUCGGGAUCGCGGGAAGGGAGCCUCUCCCCAGCCAGAGGGGACAGCUCCCCUGUACUCAAUGGUGGGAGUUUGUCACCUGGGGCCACGGCGGCUGGUGGCGCCUCCUUGGACAGCCCAGUGCAGGUCGUAUCGCCCAGCACCCCUUCCGCGGCUGAAGGAUACGAUCUAAAAGUGGGGCUCGCUUUGGCACCGCGCCGGGGAUCGCUGCCGGAGCAGAAAGAUCUGCGUUUGGGAUCCGUCGACUUGAGUUGGGAACAGAAACCCCUGCCAGAGGACGGGCUGGAGGGCAGGACGGUCGGCGCCGGCCUGAGGAACCCCCCCGAGCAGACCAACGGCGUCCACACGCCGCCCCACGUCGCCAGCUCCCUCCCGGGGGCCGUGUCCCCCAGUGCGCUUCGGAGGAGCUUGGAGGAUGUCAAAACCCUCUCUUCCAAAGGCUCCUCGGCCUCUGCGGCGUUGAGCCCUCCCCUGGCUUCGUCCCCGGGGUCUCCAGGUGCCGAGACGGGCUCGGCAGCACGGCCAGGCUCUGUCCAAAGUGCCGAGACGGGCUCGGCAGCACGGCCAGGCUCUGUCCAAAGUGACGGCCAUUCCUUACCUCCCAUCGCCCGCCGCCUGGGCCACCACCCUCCCCAAUCCCUCAACGUGGGGAAGCCUUUAUACCAGAGCAUGAACUGCAAACCCAUGCAGAUGUACGUCCUGGACAUUAAAGACACCAAGGAAAAAGGACGCGUCAAAUGGAAAGUGUUCAACAGCAGUUCGGUGGUGGGGCCGCCCGAAACCAGUUUACACACGGUGGUGCAAGGCCGAGGGGAGUUAAUCAUAUUCGGUGGCCUCAUGGACAAGAAACAAAACGUGAAAUACUAUCCCAAAACAAAUGCCUUGUACUUUGUGCGAGCAAAAAGAUAA